AACUCCCGUACCAGCUACCUACUGUGGUGACCACGCAAAGAAAGCUACCUUACUGUUACAUCCACAUCCAUACCGUCCCUGAGGCUCAACCAACUCAAAGAGCAACAACGUCAAUUGACAACCACGCACAUCGCUGAUUAUAUAUCCCAAAGGCGCGACAGGAGCGAUUGAAAUAUUACGAGCUAGGGGGGAUUGUUUGUGUUUGUUUGGGUGGGCGAAGGAUUGAGCGAAGAUGGUUGCGCCGGCGGUGCCAGAGUUGACGGAGGAGGUGAUGCACGAGAGUGUUGAAGCGCGCACUGAAGGGCUCUCAUCCCUCCGCGAACUUGGACCCCCAGAUCUAGUACACCUGGUCAAGCAGGCGCCACGGAACCCGGCGAGACAGUCGGGGAUCUAUCACCAUGUUAUGGGGGUGGAUGCAUCAUCGUCAGCAAGUCUGGCGGCGUAUAUUAAUACGCUCACAUAUACGGUGUUCGAUAAGACCGUAGCGAAGAUUGUGGAGGGGACUUACUGCUGCUACAAUGCCUUCUCCCGCGUUGAUAUGCGCGUCCAGGUCACGAUUCCCGGCUCCGUCGAAAGCUACUGCAUCGACGAGCGUGGCGACAAGCGCGUUGCUUCCGACGAACUCUGGCUAGAGACAUACCUGUGCAGCGUCCUGCGCUCAUACUCAUACGCCGACGAUGGAAGCGGUGAGACUAUUCGCAAGAUCAUGGGUGUGAGGCGCUUCAACCCUGUCACAAAUACGGAGACGGAGCAUAGAUUUUUGGCCGCGGCGGAGCAGCUGUUUUUCAGAGGAUGGCAGCUUGGAUCGGAUUCGAUGGUUCAAGUUCCCAAUAACGUCGCGAACCACCUCACCGCCGGACUCCUCCGAUACUUCCACACGACCGGCCGCUUCGCGUCUGGUAUUAACCUCUUCGAGAAACUGCGCGUCAAGAAUGUCGAGGUCUCCUCCCUCCUCGCGAAGGUUAUGAUCAUGGGCAACGAAGAGGUACAAGCUGUCCGCGUCCUCCACGAAGCAGUCAAGCAGUCGCCCAUGGACUACGUCCUUCUCGACACCCAAGCCGACUUCCUCAUGAACAAAGCCCUCAACCCGACAACCCCCGAGCUGAAGAAGGAGCGCCUUGCCUGGGCCCUUGGUUGCGCUGACCGCAGCACUAUCGCCGCCCCGAGCGAAUUCGGCACCUGGGCACGCCUUGCACAAGUAUACGUCGCAAUGGAGGACUGGGAGAACGCGCUCACGACGCUCAACUCAUGCCCGAUGUUCACGUACCAGGACAAGGACGCCCCGUUGAUGCCAGAGCCCAAGGACGUGCACCUACCCACCCUGCCCGAGACGCGCCUCGAUGAGAUUGACAGCGAGCCCGACUCCAAGUUUUCCGAGCAGGUCCACCCUAGCCUGCUCGGCCUCCGCGCCGCGCAGUACAAAGGCACCUUCAAGAAGGCAUAUAGCAUCUUGACAGAGAUGACGGCUAAGAUUGGCUGGGACCAGCUGCUCAAGAUCCGUAGCCAGGUGUUUGUCAUGGAGGAAGAAUACCGCACCGAUCGCCAGCCCGGGGAGGAGAAGCGCAACCCGAGCACGGAUGUGCUAAGGGGGACGCCGGAUCCACAGGCGAAUGGCAUAGAGGAGGCAGAGUCUGAGGCGAACGGGUCUUUAGCUGGAGAUGCCGACGAAACUGCCUCAGACGCUGGUGCUGCCCUCGAGAAGCCCGAGCAGACCGUGCACAAAGAAGAAGUUAAAGCCGGCAACGAAGAUCCCGACACCACCGAAGAACAACUCGCGCGCUUCAACAACAAACGUCUCUGCGAGCGCUGGCUCGACAGCCUCUUCAUGGUCCUCUACGAAGACCUCCGUAUCUACACCAUCUGGCGCACCGAGAUGGCCCAGUACCGCGCCCAGUCCCUGCAAUACCAGAAGUCCGCCGAGGAAUGGGAGAUCCUCGGUGCCCUCGCUACUCGUCUGCACCACGCCCCCGAGGCUGCCGAAGCCUACCGCGCCUGCCUCGAUAUCCGAUUCAGCCCCAAGGCGCUGCGCGGGGUAUUGGGUGGGUACGAGAAGCAGCACCGCACGAGGGAUGCUGUACAGGCGGUUAUUAGACUUAUUACCUGGCAGUAUCGCUGGUACUCGGAGUUCUCGCCUGAGCUGCUGUGGACGGUUAGAUCGCUGAUUGAGGAAGAUGGCGCGAUGAAGGUGAGGAGUAUUAUUCAGGCGAGCAGUUUGCCGCAGAAUGUGCUCGAGUUGACGCAUCAUUAUGCGGCGCUGUGUGCGGCGUUUAGAAGCAGUGGGACCGAGGGUUAGCGGGGGAGUGUGGAGGAGAUGACAUAUGAGGGAGGGGGG